AAUUACUCGACACAAACGCAUGGUGAUUCUUGAGGUGACUCACUGUGUGAUCGGUUCAACCAGUCGAUUCACGAGCAGAAAAUCGCGUAAUUUCGACAACUUCUGAUUCAGAAAGUGAGUCACGUCAGACGUUGAUUCAGUUACCACUGAAGAAUUCAUUCAAGGAUUCGUUAAACCGAUUCAAACCAGAACGUGAGUGAACAUGAAUCCUAGGGAGAAGCUGCUCAAAUGAGUCGUUUGUUCGUGAAUCGGACACCGUGGCGUUGACCGUUGAGUUUGUUUUCGCGCGCUUGCAGCUUUGAAAUCACCACAGAAGAAUAACGUACUCGUUCUUUUUUUAUAACCACGGACUGGAAAAUUAGAUUUAUAAAUCAGUUAAAUAUGAUUGUUUUUAAUAUUGUGGCGAGAGUCAUAACCGCGAAACUAUUAACAAGUGUUGAAAACCAGUUAUGGAUCACCACUAACAUUCCGUUGCUAUGGCAACUGUGGAAUUUCCGCGUGUUUGUGACGUCACAGAGAACACUAUUUACAAUUUGAGGAGCGUUGCAUUUCUGCAGUUGAGUGGUAAAAGAGCUUAGACGAGUUUGAGGGAAGUUGUUUCGGACGAACACUGUAUACACACAUCAAUUGAGUUUCUAGAUACAGAUAAUAGACACGAGCAGACAGUCAGUUUGAUAACUGUGCAUUAAGUACAGAUCUGUCAGUAUUAUAACACCAGACACAAUGUCUACAGAGGCGAGAUUGGUGCGUCUGGAGGUUUACCUCAAUGGCGACUUCUACUCCGAAGACAGUUACUUUGCAUUAGAUGAUAAAGAUGUGCAGCUGGAGUUGGAGAUCAGCGAUGCCGUCUACGACCUUCUCGGCUGCAGCGGUAAUCAAGAGAUAGAUGUGAAGCUGAAGGUCAUAACGGAUGACCACAUCUCCGUCAGGUCCUGCAGUCCAGGAGAGAUGCACGUGCAGCUGGAGACUGACCAGAAUGAACACAUCUCAGUCCGUGAAGUCAAAGAUCUGCAGCUGAAGAUGAACGGGAACAGCAUCUCAGAACUGGUGUGUGAAGAUCUGAGCGACGCAGUCCCAGCAGGAGCUCCAGAAGAAGAAGCCCUGGAUGCUGAGGAGAACCGCUCGACAGAAAGCACUGCUGGGUGGAUGUUUGAGGAAAUGAGUGCAGUCUUCCAGACAAACACACUGAAUGCUGUUGGGGAACCUGAAGUGGAUCUGAUGGAUCCGAAGGAAUCCCAGUGUGUCCCAGAUCCAAGUGCUCCCGAACCAGAACUCGAAAUGGAUCUGGUCAAUACAGAGCAAUUGUGUAUCACUGAACCUAAAGUGGAUCUGGUAGAGCCAGAAGCUGAAGUCACAUCUGAACUUUCAAGGUUGGAAAACCACAUCCCUCUAAACUUGUUCCAGCUGGAGGAUCGUUUGAGGGAAUGUACCCUGUCCAAGACUCCUGUCACUGAGGUCUGGCCCGGGGUCUUCAUUGGAAAUGAAGAGACAGCAAGGGACCGAGAUAAACUGAAGGAGAUGGGAAUCACACACAUCUUAAACGCUGCAGCCCCGAAGAAGAACCUGAAGUUCCUGUUGGGAAUGGCAAGACAGAAAGACCUUCUAGGAACGGUCAAUACAGGGUCCAGAUAUUACAGAGGCUUGCACAUCACUUACUGUGGCUUGCCUUCAUCGUACAGACACUGUUUUGAUAUCAGCAAGUACUUCAUGUCAGCUGCCAGAUUCAUUGACAAGGCCUUGAGGAACCCAAUGAGUAAGGUGUUGAUUCACUGCACACAGGGCCUCAGCCACUCGGCGACUCUGUUUCUGGCGUAUCUGAUGAUCUGCCAUGACAUGAUGGUGGAGGAGGCCUUUGAUCGCGUCAUAAAGGUGAGACGCAUCAGGCCCUGUUUUGGUCAUCUGAGGAAGCUGGUGUUCCUCAACGCCGACCUUGUGCUGCAGCGAAAACUAAAGCUGCAGGGCAAAGAACCUGCAGAAAGAUGAAAACAUGGCAAAAUAGAGCACAGAUAAAAUAGUGUACAAAUAAAGAAUGGUGCACAGACUUAAAAAAUACAAAUAAAUGGAUGCACAGAUUAAAAAAAU